GAUACAUUGACAAAUAAAAAGACCCCCCGCCUACUGCUGUAGGCAUCAUUCAAUAAACUUCCUCCAACGUCCUUUACUGUUUCUUCUUGUAUUCCGGUUUCUCCAUUGCCAAACUCUCCCUCAAAGCUCAAUCACUUUUUUCUUUUUCUUUCAAACGACAGAAAUGAAGAGUUUGAGUCCUUCAAAUAAUUUAUGUGUCUUCCUCCUCCAUUUUUUUAUUAUCACAGUUUAUUUCGCCUCAUUGUCUUUCAGUCUCAAGAUCGGGGAAACAUGUUCUUCUUCUGGUAGUAGUAGUUCAUGCGACUCCGGCUUAACAUGUCAAACUUGCGCCGCAAAUGGAAAUACCCGACCCAGAUGCACUCGGAUUCAACCACUCAGCCCUACAUCAAAGGUAAAAGGUUUGCCAUUUAACAAAUAUUCUUGGCUCACAACUCACAACUCUUUUGCACUCAAAGGGGUAAAGUCUGAAACUGGAUCUUCUAUUAUUGCACCCACUAACCAGGAAGACACCAUCACCAAUCAACUUAAGAAUGGGGUUCGUGGACUUAUGCUGGAUAUGUAUGACUUCAACGGUGAUAUAUGGUUAUGUCAUUCCUUUGGUGGCCAAUGCUUCAAUGCCACAGCAUUUCAACCCGCCAUUAAUGUGCUCAAAGAGAUACAGGCGUUUCUAGAGGCAAAUCCAUCUGAGAUUAUCACCAUAUUUAUUGAGGAUUAUGUGGUAUCCCCACAAGGCUUAACAAAGGUUUUCAAUGCAUCUGGUUUGAGGCAGUACUGGUUCCCUGUUUCAAAGAUGCCUAAGAAUGGUGAAGAUUGGCCCACAGUAGACGAUAUGGUCAAGCAGAACCAACGACUUGUAGUUUUCACUUCCAAAUCAGCUAAAGAGGCUUCUGAGGGGAUUGCUUAUGAAUGGAGAUAUAUUGUAGAAAACCGAUAUGGAGAUGAUGGGAUGAAGGCUGGUUCCUGCCCAAACCGUGCUGAGUCAUCUCCUAUGAAUACAAAAUCAAGAUCAUUGAUUCUUCAAAACUAUUUUCCUUCUAAUCCGAAUGAGACAGCAGCUUGCGCAGAAAAUUCAGCUCCACUGGUAAAGAUGCUGGACACUUGUCAUAAAGCAGCUGGUGAUCGCUGGCCAAACUUCAUUGCUGUUGAUUUUUACCAGAGGAGUGAUGGUGGAGGAGCCUCGGAAGCUUUAGAUGUCGCCAAUGGUCAUCUCACUUGUGGCUGUGACAAUAUAGCCUAUUGCAAGGACAAUGCUACAUCCGGCACCUGUGAAGUCCCUCCAAUGUCACCUCCUCCACCGGCUGCCGCCACUCAAACCACCACAGAAAAUCCUGUAGCGUCUAACUCCAACAUUGCUAACACGGAUGCCAGACCUCUACAAUUGCGGUGGUUAUUGGCCACAAUUUUGAUCAAACUCCUAUUGUUACAGUUAUGGUAAAUCACCAGUUUGCCUGUUUAAAAUUUAUUUUUAGUUUGUAAGAUUCGAGUCACACGGCUGUUGUUUCACAGAGCAACUCCUGAGCGUCUUCUUUAGGUUCUUGUUGUCAAUGCACCUCUGCUUCUCAUUUGUUAUAUAAAAUAAUAUUAAUAUAUUGCUCCAAUUUCAUUUGA